GGAGGACCAGGCCAGGUUGGGCCCUGAAUUGGACACACCUCGGGCAGUAAUCUUACGGGCGUUUGGUUCAGUAAGACCUUGCAGUCUGGUGGGCAUGAACGAAAGCAGUAGCAGCAGUAGGCGCAUGGUCGGGCUCGGCAUAAGCAGCAUGCAGCCGCACCGCCAGCACAGGGGUGGCCCGGCCAUGGGUCGCGGCAGCAGCCGGGCGGGCAGCGGUGUGGGCAGCUACGUCGGCCACAACGGCAGCGGCGGAGGCGGGGGCAGCAGCGCCGGCAGUGACGGCCGCGGCGUCCGCGUCCGCGGAGCGGGUGGCGCACCUGCCGCUGCGGCCGCACUGGGCAUCACACUCGCCUACUUCUAUCUGUUCCACCGCCAGCGCUACGGCCGCCGCCCCGCAGCAGCAGCGCCCUUGCCAGUGGCGGCAGGAGUGACACUGGCCCCGAUGGCGGCGGCGGCAGACAGCGCUGCCGCCGGGAGCUUGCCUGGCGGCCCUGGCGAAGCUGCGCUGCCGCGGACCCUGGCAGCCGUGCGUGGUGGCAUUGUAGGAGCCGCCCGAGGGGUUGGCGGUGCCAUUGGCAGCGUGCUGGCGGUGCUGAGCCGUCGGGGUGGCCGGGCUGUGGCAACGGCUGCGGCGCGGGGAGGGGCAUCUGGCUCCUCGGCACGUGACGCUCGCCUUGACGAGCCCCUGGCUGUCUUCCGUGUUGAGCUCCCGCCGCCGCUUCCGUCACCGCGCGCCGGCAAGGAGGGGCUGAUGGGCGAGAAGGAGACCCAACAGCCACCGCCGCAGCAGCAGCAGCAACAGCAGGAGCGGCCGGGGUCGGUCGAGGUACGGCUGGUGGAUUUGAAUCGGCUGGCGGCGGGCCGGCUGGGAGCGGCGUUGGCGGGCUUGGAGGAGGCGGCGGCGGCUGGCGGUGUGGUGGGCCUAGAUGCGGAGUGGGCGCCAGAAUUGAAGCCGGGCGUGCGGCACCGCAUCUCCGUCAUCCAGCUGUCCACUGCCGAUUGCUGCUGGGUGCUGCGGCCGCCACCCGACCGCGGCGGCGCCAGCGCGGCUGUUGGCGGCGCCAGCGGCGGCGCUGGUAGCGAGGGCGCUGGCAACGGUCAUCCGGCGCUGCCGGCUGCAGUGGUGCGGGUGCUGACGGACCCACGUGUGGUCAAGGCGGGUGUGGGCAUACAAGAGGACGUGAAGCGUCUGGAGCGAGACUUCGGCGUGCGGGUGCGCGGCGCGGUGGACGUACGGCUGGUGGCUCAGCGCGUGGCGCCCGACUGCCUGGCGGCCGGCGGCAGCUUGCAGGCGCUCACCGGCAGCCUGCUGGGGCGGCGGCUGGACAAGGGGCCGCAGCGCAGCGACUGGGGCGCGGGCCGCCUGGACCAGCGCCAGGUGGUGUACGCGGCGCACGACGCCUGGCUGUCCCGCGAGCUGCUGCUGGAGCUGCACCGCACGCACACGCGCACUGCGGCCGCUGCCGCAGCCGCAGCCUCGGCAGGCGGCGCCGCCCGCCAGCUGCCGCCGCCGCCGCCGCCGCCGGCCCUGGACGUGCUGGGUCUGGCGGCGCCGUUCAUGGACGUGUUCAGCGGCUUCAAGACCAAGAGGCUGGAGGCGGCGCUGGGACCGGCACGUGGCUCCCAGCAGCAGCAGCAGCACCAGCAGCAGCAGCAGCAGCAGCUGCUGCUGCUGCCGGGGCCCAAUGUGGUGGGCCCCACGGCGGCGGCGGUAGCGGCCAUAGCGGCGGCCUCUCGCGGCGCUGGUGGCAGCGGCGCCGGGCGCGCGGCGGGUGGCGAGGAGGGCAGCUUGGACGGCAGCGCGGCGAGCGGUGGCGGCGGCGGCAGCAGUGUGUCGAGCCGGCGCAACAAGGACAACAAGGCGCCCAUCCGCAAAUCGGUCUUGUACGAGAAUUGCCGACUGCUGGCCCCCGACGGCGCCGUGCUGUGCACGUGCGGCGCCAAGAAGGUGCGCUGGUACCUGGAGCGCGGCCUGGCGGUGGUGGAGGCGGAGGCGCCCAUGACCAUACGGCUCAAGUUCGAGCCGCGCGGCCGCGGCCACGCCGACGACGAGUACUACCUGUCGGACAAGGAGAACCGCUGCUGCGUGUGCGGCUCUGACGGCGAGUACCUCCGGCACAGCGUGGUGCCGCACUGCUACCGGCAGUACUUCCCCACCGCCAUGAAGAGCCACCUCAGCCACGACAUCGUGCUCAUGUGCCCGCCCUGCCACAAGUCCUGCAACAUGGCCGACCAGGCGCGCAUGUCGGUGCUGGGCCGGCAGUACGGAGCGCCGCUGGGCGCCGCCACCGCCGCCAAGUUCCUGCACGACACCGAUCUGGGAGCAGUGCGCAGCGCCGGCCGCGCGCUCACCAACCGCAAGGUGGUCAUCCCGCCCGAGCGCCGCUCCGAGCUGGAGGCCGUGGUACGGCGGCACUUGGGUGUGCAGCACGACCAGCCGCUGAGCGAGACGCAGCUGCAGCAGGCGGCCGACGUGGACCCGCGCACAGAGGACGAGAACUGGCGCAGCCACGCGCAGGUGGUGGUGGCGGCACUGGGCGGCGGCACCGAGGCGCUGGAGGGCUUUGUGCGCGGCUGGCGGCAGCACUUCCUGGACGUCAUGGCGCCGCGCCACAUGCCGCCGCACUGGCGCGUGGAUGCGCGUGUCGCCAACAGCAGCGUCAAGCCGCCGCCAACAAAGACGACAAAGGCGACGGCGACCGGUGGUGCAACUGGUGGUGCAAGUGGAGGUGCAGAUGAUGCCGUGCAGAGUGGGCUUGCGGAUGACGGCGCAGGCAGGGGGGGCGCGUAGUACAGGAACGUGGGCCUGUGGCCCGUCUUGAGUUGGCUGAAAGGAUGCAUGUGGCGGUGUGCGUGCGGAGGCGGCGAGAAGGGAUCCGAAGGCCGGGGGUGGCCGCAUAAUGUUCUGGUAAUGUUGCAUUCAUAAUGUGGUGUUAGGAAGGCGCGCGAAGUGUGGACUGGCGACGUGGAGUAGGAAGGCCCCGCCAAAUGGCAUGAAGGCAGCAAGGCGCUUAAGCGAUGUGGCGGAGGGUGCUGGUUGCAGCGUAUGAGAGGGGCGCUGCAUACGGUAAUCGGCAUUGCUUGCUUAUGACGUGGGACAGGCGGAUGUAUAGCCCUGAUAUAUCGCCCUGUCGUGGGGAGUUGAGACACGCCGGAUCGCCUGGGGCGCGAUUAUCGUAUCCUUUGGUAGCUGACAAUUAACCGUGACACUGGGUUGUGCUCUGUUUAUGAUUGAGAGCUUACGGAGGAGACAAAUCAAAGCGUGCAAGGGUGUUCAUGCCUCGAGCAGAUCGGCCCUGGGAGGCCCUGGGGGUUCACCGGUUCAGCCGUGAGUUUAGCGGGAGGCCGGGCGACCCGUGGGGAGACCCGGCGGGAAAGGGGCGGGACGACGCAUCUUUCU